AUCAGCCGGAAAGUCCCAAAUUCAAACCCGUAUCGGAUCGACCCGACCCGUAAAAUAGUAAUUCUGAUUCUCGCGGACGGGUGUGGUGAAAUCUUUCUACUGGUUUGUCUGUGCGAUUCUCAGAUCUUCGCUUUUCGGUGAUGGAUGCUCAAGCGAAGAAGAAGGCGUUGUUCCGCUCCAAACUCAACGCCAAGAAGAAAGACUCCCGCAUCGAUUCUCCUCUCGUUAGGUACAACGAAUCAGACCAGCCUGUGUGCCGAGUGUGCAAUGUCGUGUUGAAGUCUGAAUCACUAUGGGAUGUCCACCAAGCUUCUCGUAAGCACCACGAGGCAAUCGAUAAUUUAAAGGCUAGUGCAGCUGGAGUUCAACGGAGUAGCAAACCUGCUGAAACUAAGCCAACCAAACUUGAAAGUUCAACCGCUAAAUCAUCCAAUUCUCAGACAUCAUCUGGUCUUCCUCCUAAUUUCUUCGAGUCUACUAUUAAGCAUCCUGAAUCUGCAGAAGUUGAAUCGUCAAAACCUAAGAACGUGCAUCAAGGUUCAGAAACAAAUAAGACUAAAGGACCUCUUCCAGAGGGAUUCUUCGAUAAUCAGCAAACUGAUUCUUCAGAUACCAAACCCACGAUUGAGCCUAAAGAGAGUCAGACGCAGGCGACUGGUACAGUGGUGAAGGGAGCCCUUCCCACUGGUUUUUUCGAUAAUAAAGAAGCUGACCUGCUUGCCCGUGGAAUAAAGCUUGUCAAACCAGAUAUUAAGGACGAAUAUAAAGAAUUUGAGAAGUUGAUACAAGAAGAUCUGCAAGUAGUGGAUAGUCGCUUGGAAGAAGAAGAGGUUGAUGCUGCGGAAACCAUUGAGGAGGAGGAACAACGAGAGCAAAGAUCAUACAAAGAGAAAGUGGAGAUUCUGAAGAAGAGGAAGAUGGAACUGAAAGCGGCUAGAUUAGCUAAGCGCAGCAAAACCUCUGAAGGGUCAGUUAAAAAGCCGAAGAAGACUGAAGAAGAAUCGCCCAGCGAUGAUGAGGAUGACGAGGAUUCUGCUGUUGAUUGGAGAGCUCAGCAUGUUUGAAAUAAGUCAAUGUUCCUCUAGUAAAACAUUCAGUCUUGUGUUAGCAAAUCCUCGGGGAAAAGGAAUCAAUUUCUCUUGCAGAAUUUUCAAAGCUUAUAAUAUGCGAUUAAUUA